GCAGCGGAGGGCGCGGAGCCCAGAGAGGGCGCGGCGGAGCAUCCUUCGGGCACCGCGGCCCCGGUGCGGGCCGCUUCCCCCGCAGCACCCCGGCCUCCUAUGGGCGGUGCCGGCGUCCCGGCCCCCACACGCCCGUCCCGCUCGGCGUUAGCAUGGGCACGGUGCUCUCCCUGUCCCCCGCCGCCUCCUCGGGCAAGGGCGGCGGCGGCGGGGGGCUGCUGGCCGACAAGGCUCCGGGCAGGUUGCCGGGAAAGGGCGAGAGCCGGCUGAAGAGGCCCGGGGUGCUCAUCUCGGCGCUCACCUGGAAGCGGCUGGUGGCCGCCUCGGCCAAGAAGAAGAAGAGCACGAAGAAGGUGACGCCGAAGCCCGGCGGAGGGCCCCCCCCCGGGGCCCAGCCCGACCCGCUGGUGGUGCAGCGCAACCGCGAGAACUUGCGCAAAUCGCUGGGAGGGCCGUCCGAAGGAGCCAAGCAGGGCCCGCUGGCCGUGCCGGUGCCCACCGUGCCCUCGGCGCCCCAGGAGCUGCACCCCGGCUCCGGUGGGGGAAAACCGCCGCCGCCCCCCAGUAGCCGCGCCUCCGGCUCGCCGCGCCGCGUGGUUGUGCAGGCGUCCACCGGAGAGCUGCUGCGCUGCCUGGGGGACUUCGUGUGCCGCCGCUGCUACCGCCUGAAGGAGCUGAGCCCCGGCGAGCUCAUCUCCUGGUUCCGCAGCGUGGACCGCUCGCUGCUGCUGCAGGGCUGGCAGGACCAGGGCUUCAUCACCCCGGCCAACCUGGUGUUCGUGUACCUGCUGUGCCGGGAGGCUCUGCGGGGAGAAGACAUCGGGAGCCAGGCCGAGCUGCAGGCCGCCUUCCUCACCUGCCUCUAUCUCGCCUACUCCUACAUGGGCAACGAGAUCUCCUACCCGCUGAAGCCCUUCCUGGUGGAGGGCGACAAGGGCCGCUUCUGGGAGCGCUGCCUGGGCAUCAUCCAGCGCCUGAGCGCCAAGAUGCUGCGAAUCAACGCGGACCCGCACUACUUCACGCAACUCUUCCAGGACCUCAAGAGCGAGGGCGAGGGCGGAGACGGGUCCAAGCACUGGACGAUCAGCCUGGACCGCUAGGGAGGUACCGGGCCCCCGGGGACGGAAGGGGCCGCGCACCGAGGGGCGGGGGAGGCGAAGGACUGCUGGAUCCCCCCCCCCCCACCCCAAUCUUCCUCGCCUUCCCCCCUUCGCGGAGACGCUGCCUGGACCCUCCCCGCUCCGGAUCCGGCCGCUUCCCCACCCUCCCCCCUUCUGCCCUCCGGGACACCGAGACGGCGGCGAAGACCGGGGGAGGGGGUUGGCCUUCCGCCUGCACGACGGGGAGGGGGGGGGGGGCUGCCGAGCAGCGGAGGCUCUUGAAUACGUUUCCUCUGGGGAAAAACGGAGAGAAAAACAAAACAAAAACAACAGCAACGCAGUCCGGGGGGGAGGAGGGCGUUGGGGGCUGCGGAGCCGGUGCGUGUCCCCGUGUUCCCCCCCGGCCGCGGGCAGCGCAUGGCACCGCGCUGCAGGAGCUGUCCGUGGUGCUGGAUCCGCCGCCGAGGCAGAGCCGAGCAGACAAAGGGCGGCGGGGAAGGAAGGGGGGGGUGGGCUCGAGCCGGGGGGGGGGGGGGGGGGAUGGGGGGUCUUUGUGUCACCGGCGCUGUUCGCUGCCCGGUUAUGGUCGGGGGUGGGGGGGUCCUCCAAGGGAGUGGGAGUCCCCCGGGUGUGGUGGGCCCUUCAGCUGGGUGGCCACCUGCUCAUCCCUUUGUUUGAGCGGCUGGGGGGGGAGGGCGUUCCUGCUUCCUUUCCCCCAACUCCCCAAGGUGUAGCCCCCUAAGAAGGGCACCCGUGGGGUGAGCAGCGUUCCCCUUUACCCUUCUUAUCCCCCUCCCCACCUCGGCUUGCUGUGGGGAAUGGUGUAUGUGCCAGAGGAGGCCUUGGGGGCUCGGGUGGGGUUCUGGGUUUGGGGAGGGGGGGGGGGGGUCCUCUCCUCUUGCUUUGCUUCACUGGAGAAUAAAGAGGUGGCCUGGAUGGGCCUGGUGCUGGCUCCCUGGACUUGCUGGGCUGUGGGGUGCAAAGGGGAGCUGGGGGGUGUCCCCUCUCCUCCCCAUGGGGAUGCGGGAGGUUGAUUCUCAGAGGGAGCCUUCCUCCCCGUAGCUAUUUGAGGGGGUCAGAAUUUCCCCACUGUUUGCUGUGUCCACGCUUGGCUCCCCACGAGCAAUCCUGGCCUCCUCCAUUGCAGAUGGAAUGCCUGCUGUCUGCUGCAAUGAAUGUAACCAGGAGCCCACAGCUCACGUCACCUCCUAUUUUAUUUAUUUAUUUAUUUAUUGCCUAAAGAUACCCCACCCUCCCUCCUUCCUGCCUGUGCUCUGCAGGGCCUGGCUGCUUUCUCUGGCAGCGGCAGGCUGUGGGAGCUGUAUUGCUAGCUCGAUUACCAGCCCUGUGCUUCUGCAGACCCCAGGGAGCAGGGUGGAGUUUCUCAGAGCUGGUUGCUAUGCCUGCAGCUGCUCAGUUUUCUGGGGUUCCUCAAGCAGGAUCCCAUGCAUGUGCCCUCCUACCAGGGUCUGCAUCUAGCACUUCCAGGCUCCUGUGAGCCAGACCCUUGGGUUCUCAGCUAGGAAGAGCUGUGCUGGCUCUGCAGGUCAUGGAGGGUAAGCUGGAUUCCCUACCUUUGUGUGCAUCAGCAGAGCUGCUAAUUAGGCCCAAUCUGGCUCAUUCAGGCAAAGCUGUGCAGCCAGGAAGACAGCACAGAUGUCCCUGUGACGGGGUCUGAGCUGGCAGGGUGCUGUGCAAAGCUUUUCUGUGCUGCGUGCACCCAUUGAGACCUCUUCUGCUCCCAUCCUCCUGUCCCUACUACGUGCUCUGCUCUGAUCCCUUCUUUAUAUUGACAUUUGUGUGACCUUGUGGUGGGUUGUCUGGGCCAAAAUGUACUCACAACCUCAUCUAACCCCAAAUUUGGCUAUACCCCUUUUUUGUGUUGGGGAGGGGGGCGGCUCUGACCUGCUCUGUCUCAAACUGAGCUGGAAUCAGACCCAUCAGAGCUCCUAUGGGGCACUUGGGGGAAUUCUGAUGCUUCGCUACCAGUAUUUUACAGAGAGGGAAACUGAGGUACAGUGCAAUGGAGCAGCAUGUGAUGAAGCCUAGCAAGAGGGGUCUUCAGCCUCAAGGGUGCCAGCCAUCUCUACCCUGAGCCGGGGCUGUUUGCAGGCCGUAGGACCCCUCCCCUGACUGCAGAGCUUCAGAGCUGCGCAAGGUGCCAGUGCUCACCGAGGUUCCCCACCCUACAGGUCCCCCUUAGGGAUGCUAACAGAGUCCUUUCAGCCUCAUGUCCUGGCAUGUAAAAUGCUUCCAGCUGCAGAGAGGCUGUGUCCUUCCCCUCCUCCCUUGUGUUUCAUUGAUUAAGAGUGCUGGGCCUCACUGGGGGAUUUAGGAAGAGCUAAUUGCAGACUGGUAAUUGAAGACAGCUUGGAGUCUGUGGAAAUGUCAAGGAAUGGGAGACGAGCUCAGAUGCUCCCAUGCAUUUAAAUACGCAUCACCAGCUCAGCCUCAGCCUUGCUGACGGGAGAUGUCUGCUUUUCCCUUCCCCCAGAGCAACCUAUGUGACUGCUGGGAAAACAGGGUUCAGAACAGAUCCCACCUUGUUCCCACUGAGGCAGAGGUGAGACCAGCACGGGGGUGUCACUGGGGAGGGGCAGGCUGCUGGGUGCAGCCCCUUCUGAGGCUGCAGCAUUUUUCUGUUGCUCGCCACUAGUGUGCAAUGUGUCCCCUCCAAGCUGUGUAGUCACCAACGAAAGGGUUUUUUUUUUCUGCCUAGCACUCACAAAACGACAGCCCUGUGUGCUCCCCCAGCUCUGCUGCUCUGCUCGUGGUGCAUGCUCCGUUAGCUCAGUGUGCUCAUGGCAAUGGCACAAGGUACAGAGGAGGGGUGCUGUGGCAGCAGCCAGCCUGGUGAGCUAUGCCUCCGGAUGGACAGACAGCAAGGAAAAUGUGCUCUGGCUAUUAAGAGCUGGCAGCGUUCCUCAGAGCUGCUCUAUGGGGAGAAACCAUCUCCAGCCUGUGUGGCUGGGUAGGGACCAGUGCUCUGCAGCACCCGCUGCCUUGCAUCCUUGGGCUGCAAUGAUGGAUGAUGGGUAAUGUGUUCCUCAAGGCAGAUGGAAGUGGGAUGUACCUCUCCUGCCUCUGUGGGAGCUGUCUGGAUACUGGAUCCACUGUGGCUCUGAAUUGGUGCUGCUCCACUGAACUGGGGAGGGUUUGUGUAUUCGGGUGAGGCUUGGUCACAGCUGUAGGGGGUACCUAGGGGGUCUGCUGGAUGCUGCCUGCCUCCCUGUCCAUGUCACCCCAGCUGCUGGCUGCAGCCAGGGGUACUCAGCUGUGUCCCAGGGCAGGACCCUGGGUUGUGGGGGGAGCGCGGGGCUGGGCUCCCUCGUCAGAAGUCCUGUAUUACAGCUUAAUCUGGCAUUAGCGCAUUAAUCCAGUCCUCCCCACAGCCCAGCCUGUGCCCUCUGCAGCAUCCGGCCCAAGGUCUCAGUGCUCAGCUGGGCAGGAGAUGCUCUCCUUGCGUGGACACCUGGUGGGCUGGCUGGCUCCUUCCCUUCCUCCAGUUGUCUGCAGAACAGGUGCAUAGAGACAUCGCUUGGCCAGGCUCUUCAAAAGGUGUCCUUGGCAUGCAGGAUGGCUUUGGGAGCAGGGCACAGCCCUAGAUGCCCAGCUCCCUGGAUGGGAGCAAUGCAGCCCAUGCAGGGAGCAAGGCUGAGGGAAGGCUGUGUCUGGAGGGAGGAUGUGAGUCAGCAGCUCAGCACAGGGGUGCUGGCAGAGCAGCUGGCAUGCGGAGAGGGGAAAAGAGGUGGGAAGAGGGAGAGCAAGAGGGGGGUGAAGGGGUGGGCAGGGAGGCAGUCGUCACCUGGCUGUGCUGCCAAGACUCUUCCCAGCAUGAGAAAUGAGACACGUGAUGAUGGGGCUAAAAUGGGAGAGGGGUCCUCCAUCCCUUACAGAGGGGCUGAGAGGAUGUGGGGCACCUGGGGAGGGGGGUUCCACAUCCCAUCCUUCCAAGGGCAGGGCUCAGUCCUCCCCUCUUGCUGCUUAAGCAGCAGGAAGAAAAAACAGACCAAAAAAAGAAAAAAAGAUAUAUAGCAGAAUAAAACCCUCCUCCUGCCUUUAAUGACGAGGCAGCACCAACAGCUCUGAGACCACGUGCUCUGCACAGACUGAGGCCCUUUGGGACCCUGUUCCCCACCUCGUUCCUCAUAGGGCACCCAGGGUUGGGGUUGCGUUUGGUAAGCAGCAGAGCAGGGGCUGCAGCUGUGUAUCCCCCCCAACUGCUCUCCAUCCUCGUGGACGGCUGCAGGCAGCACCCAUUCUCCUCCUGCUGUGCAUGAAUGAAAGGAGCAGCGUGGCAGCCAAGGCAGCAGGUAAGUCUGGAAUCUGCAGCAUCCUGAGCCCGUGCACCCCACUGCUGGGGACGGUGCUUCCACAUCACUCCUCUGGGCUGAGCACCCCCGGUCAGGGCUGGGGACGGUCCAUGCCACGUGUUGGGCUCAGCCCUGCUCAGCCAUUGGUAGGAUUUUGCUGCAGUCUGCUCCGAACCGGUGGUUUUGGAGACAGAAGGGAGCAAUGCUGUUGCUGGGCUGGGGCAGGGGGAUGCAGGGUGAGGGGUGGCUCUGCUGCGUGGGGGGCAAUGCUCUGGACCCCUCCGUUCAGCAUCACAUGGAGGAUACUGCUCCCAGUGGGGUCUGGGGAUGGGAGCGUUCCAGGUUGCCACGGUGACAGCACUGUAUCCUCCAUCACUGGAGAGUCCUGCGUGGGUACCCCACCUCCCUCCCGUCUGCCCCCCUCAGUGCAUGAUCCCUGCUUCUAAGGGGAAUCCAAGCAAGGAGAUCCUGCUGGGUGAGCUCAGAGUAGAGCCAAGCACGCCCUCAGCCUUUCACGUAGGGUGGGUGGUGUUUUCUUCCCUUCCCAGCACACCUAGGGCUCCUGUCUAGCAGGGAGCUGCCCUCAUAGGGCUGGGAAUGAGCGAGAAGCUGGGUUCACCUGGGCUUCCCUGCUACAGAUGCUGGCAGAGGGACAGGAGUAGAAUGGUGGCGAGGAGCUACUAGUGACCCACAUCCCUUAAUCUCUGUCCUGCCCCUGCGUCAUGCCUCUUCCUAAGCCUUGACGCCCGCUCCCCUGAUGAGAACACAUACCCCUGCCCUGGCUAUGAUGAAGCCAGCUGUGUCCAGCUGCCCCUCCCUAUCAUUUACCUUAGUGAGGCCAAAAUUGAAGUGGGGGGAAGGGGGGGGGGGGGUCGGUCUCCAGCAUGAGUGCUUGUUGCUUCUGGCAUGGAGGGAGCUUCUCUUCUUCCCCCUAUUCACAUCCUUGGGCCAGCGUAUGCAGGGCUCAGGGACAGCAGAGGAAGGUUCCCCCUUGACAACACCCCUCUGUUCUAGGCAUGGGGUCCCUGCAUCACACUCCCAAGCCCCCCCCACCCCCUCAGUGCAGCCUGAGCCCUCCCUGGAAGAUGUGCUGCCGUCAGAUCCCCUCUCUUAAGCUGAUUAGAGCAGAGAGGAUGUGGCUGAGCAGAUGCCAGCAGGACCAGGAGAGUGACUGGACCCUGGAGGAAUGCAGAGAGGGCAGCACAGAGCCAUCCCUCCUGUGUAUGCUGUGACCUGGGGGGAACAGGGAAAAGGGCUGGGGGCUGGCCACUCCCCCAUGUACUUGCAUGACAUCAAUCUGGACUCAGGCCUGGCUCUGUGAACACUGCAACCUGCACAGAGACCACUUAUGGCACUGAGGACCCCCAAGCUUAGCUUCCCCUCACCUGCAGCUGCCCCAGAGGGGUGUCUCAAGAAACCAGUUGUUCCCCCUAUCUCUUGGAGGUAAGAGCCAGAGCUGGUGCUUGAGGAAAGGAAGGAGUGCAGGAUGAGGCAGGAUGGCUGCAUUCCAGCCCC